AUGGAUGGCAGAAAAACGUUUAGGAUGGAACUGCUUCCUUUCGGGCAUAGCGUUUUCACCGGCUCUGGACCGCAAAGUGUCAACAGAUAUUUAUUCGUUUGCGUAGUGUUCUACCUGGUGCUUGUCACCGACGCCUCUCUCCACAAAGCCUGUGAGAAAAACUGUCUUUCUGGGAAAUGCGUUAACGGAUCCUGUGUCUGCGACCGGGGAUGGGUAGGAGACCAGUGUCAACAUUGUCAGGGACGAUUCAAGCUGACAGAACCAUCAGGAUAUCUAACAGACGGCCCAAUCAACUACAAAUACAAAACCAAGUGUACCUGGCUGAUUGAGGGCUACCCAAAUGCCGUCCUGAGGUUACGUUUUAACCACUUUGCCACAGAGUGUAGCUGGGACCACAUGUAUGUGUAUGACGGUGACUCCAUUUUCGCUCCCCUGGUGGCCGUGUUCAGUGGUCUUAUUGUCCCAGAGGUCAGGGGGAAUGAGACAGUUCCAGAGGUGGAGACGAACUCUGGCUACGCUCUCCUUCACUUCUUCAGUGAUGCUGCUUACAACCUCACUGGCUUUGAGAUUUUCUAUUCGAUAAACUCGUGUCCCAAUAACUGUUCGGGGCACGGGAAGUGUACGACAGGAAACUCCAUUGCCAGUCGUGUGUACUGUGAGUGUGAGAAAUACUGGAAAGGAGAAGCCUGUGACAUUCCCUACUGCAGGAAUAACUGUGGCAGUCCAGACCACGGAUACUGUGACCUCACUGGAGAGAAGCUCUGUGUAUGCAAUGACAGCUGGCAAGGUCCGGAUUGUUCUCUCACGGUUCCGUCUACUGAAUCAUACUGGGUCAUGCCCACCGUCAAACCCUUUGGCACCUCACUGGGCAGGGCAUCCCAUAAGGCCGUGGUGCAGGAGAAGGUCAUGUGGGUUGUCGGUGGCUACACCUUUAAUUACAGCGCCUUCCAGAUGAUUCUAAAUUAUAACCUGGAGAGCGGCAUUUGGAACACUGUGCCUACGAGUAGUGGCCCAGUGUCAAGAUACGGUCACUCCCUCACCCUGUACCAGGACGAGCUCUAUAUGUUUGGGGGGAAGCUGGAGAUGGGUUCGGGGAAUGUGACGGACGAGCUGUGGGUUUUUGACUUGCCCAGUCGGACUUGGUCUCGACGUUUCCCCUCCGCCCCGCCCCACGGCCAGGUCUACGCCGUGGAGGGACACUCCGCCCACGUGGUGGAGCUGGACUCAGGAGACGUCAUCAUGGUGGUCAUCUUCGGCUACUCCUCCAUCUACAGCUACGUCAGCACCGUGCAGGAGUACAACAUCAAGACGAAUGUGUGGGUUGUGCCGGAGACCAGGGGGGCCAUUGCCCAGGGGGGGUAUGGCCACAGCAGUGUGUACGACAGCUCCAGCAAAAGUGUGUUUGUUCACGGGGGCUACAAGUCUCUCCCCGCCAAUAAAUACGGCCUGGUAGACGACCUGUAUCGCUACGAGGUUAACACACGCACCUGGACGAUCCUUCGGGAGAGCGGUUUCCCGCGAUACCUCCACUCCGCCGGUCUCCUUGGAGGCACACUCCUCAUCUUUGGCGGCAACACCCAUAACGACACGUCGCUUAGCAACGGAGCUAAAUGCUUCUCAGCUGAUUUCCUGGCCUACGACAUCGCCUGUGAUGAGUGGACAGUUCUCCCCAAACCCAGUCUCCACAGAGACAUCAACCGAUUCGGCCACACGGCUGUCACCAGCAAUGGGUCUAUGUAUGUGUUUGGAGGGUUUUCCAGUGUUUUGCUGAACGACGUGUUGAUCUAUCGACCCCCCAGCUGUGAGGCUUUCCUGGGGGAGGAGCACUGUUUAAGUGCUGGCCCGGGGGUGCGCUGUGUUUGGAGCAGGGGGCGCUGUAUCCCGUGGGAUCCCCGCCUCGCCAGCGCGCCCGUUGAUUUCUGCCCUGCCAAGCCUGCGACGGUGGACGAGCGCUGUUACCGGUUCUCUGACUGCGCCAGCUGCACCGCCAACACCAACGGCUGUCAGUGGUGUGACGACAAGAAAUGCAUCUCUGCCCUCAGUAACUGCACUUCUACUGUGAGAAACUUCACCAAAUGUCCCAUCAGGAAUGAGCAGAUCUGCAGCAAACUGUCAAACUGCAAGAGCUGCUCCCUAAACCUGAACUGCCAAUGGGAUCAGCCACAGCAGGAGUGCCACGCCCUACCUGCUCACCUGUGCGGGGAGGGCUGGAGCCACGUGGGUGAGGCUUGUCUGAGGAUCAACUCCAGCAGGGACAGUUACGAUAACGCUCAGCAUUACUGCAAAAACCUGGACGGAAACAUCGCCUCCCUCACCUCCGCCAAACAGCUGGACUUUGUGUUGGAGGAGCUGCAGAAGUACCAGCUGCAGGAUAAGAAGCUGUCCCCAUGGGUGGGUUUGAGGAAGAUAAAUGUGUCAUAUUGGGGGUGGGAGGACUCCACCCCCUUCACUAACACCUCCCUGCAGUGGCUGCCAGGGGAGCCUAGUGACUCUGGGUUCUGUGCCUACCUGGAGAAAGCCCAGAUCUCUGGUCUCAGAGCCAACCCCUGCACAGCAAACACAGAUGGACUCAUCUGUGAGAAACCAGUUGUGAGCCCCAAUCAGAACACGCGUCCGUGUAAGACGCCGUGCUCUCUGCGGACGACCUGUGCUAACUGUACGAGUCAGGCCAUGGAGUGUAUGUGGUGCAGCAGCACACAGCGCUGUGUGGACUCCAACGCUUAUGUCAUCUCCUUCCCCUACGGACAGUGCCUGGAGUGGCAGACUGCAGACUGCGUGUCUCAGAACUGCUCUGGUCUGCGGACGUGCGGUCAGUGUUUGGAGCAGCCAGACUGCGGCUGGUGCGGAGACCCCAGUAACACCGGCAGAGGCCAGUGCAUGGAGGGCUCUUACCGCGGGCCCAUGAAAAGCCCGUCCAAACCCAGUCAGAACCAGAGACAGGACAUGGUGCUGGACACAGGCCUGUGUCCUAAGGAGAGAGGAUAUGAGUGGGGUUUUAUCCAGUGUCCAGCAUGCCAGUGUAACGGCCACAGCACGUGUGUGAACGGCAGUGUGUGUGAGCAGUGUCGGAACCUCACCACAGGUCCACACUGCGAAUCCUGCAUGCCUGGUUACCAUGGAGAUCCCACCAAUGGAGGGAAAUGCCAAGCAUGUAAAUGUAAUGGACAUGCCAGCGUGUGCCAGGUGCUGACGGGCAAAUGCUUUUGUACGACUAAGGGCAUCAAAGGAGACCAGUGCCAGCUAUGUGACUCAGAGAAUCGUUACCUUGGCAACCCUUUGAGGGGGACGUGUUACUAUAAUUUGCUGAUUGACUACCAGUUCACCUUCAGUCUCACCCAGGAAGAUGACCACCACUACACGGCCAUUAACUUUAUGGCCACACCUGAGCAGACCAAUAAAAACCUGGACAUGUCAAUCAAUGCAUCCAACAACUUCAACCUCAACAUCACCUGGUCUGUCGGAUCAACAGCUGGUACCAUCUCUGGAGAGGAAGUCCCCAUUGUCUCCAAAACAAACAUUAAAGAAUACAAGGACAGCUUCUCCUGCGAAAAAUACAGUUUCCGCAGCAACCCAAACAUCACCUUCUAUGUUUACGUCAGCAACUUCUCCUGGCCAAUGAAAAUCCAGAUUGCCUUCUCUCAACACAACAGCAUCAUGGACCUGGUGCAGUUCUUCGUAACAUUUUUCAGCUGCUUCUUGUCUCUCUUACUGGUGGCUGCGGUGGUUUGGAAAAUCAAGCAAACCUGCUGGGCUUCCCGCCGCCGGGAGCAGCUGAUGAGGGAGAGACAGCAGAUGGCCAGCAGACCGUUUGCCUCUGUCGCACUGGAUGUGGGGAGUGACCAGGUGGAGCUACUGCAGGGAGGAGUUAAGGGUCCACCCAAACCCAUUGCCAUGGAGCCGUGUUCAGGGAACAGAGCUGCUGUGUUAACAGUCCUGAUGUGUCUGCCUCGGGGACCGUCUGGAGUCCCACCUCCUGGGCAGUCGGGUGUUGCCCUGGGCAGCGCGUUGAUUGACACAUCGCAGCAGAAGCCCGUGGACUUCAAAGAGAAGAACCAGGGUCUGAAAAACCGGAAGGCCUUCCCCCCCGCGCAUCAGGGCACCUGCGUGUGAGCCGUCAGCCGUCGUCAGUGCC